UAACAGAUUUUAUAUAAAUGUAUUUAUUUAUAUAAGCGCCUUUUCUGUCGUAGGGGCUGUAGAAAUGGUUUAGUGAUGGAUGUUGUGCGCUAGUUUAGGUUGUGAGAGUUAUUCGGGGGGCUAUAACGUUCACACUGAAUACUAGCCGAGCUGCUAGCCAACUUAAGCCUGGAAAAGCAAAACUUUUCUGGUGGAAAUGCCGCCGUUAUUAUGCAGUGCGAGUCCUGUCCUGCUGCUGGCUCUCUGCGGGUCCGCGCUGGCCGACGCCGGGGACUCCCCGUUCCUGGACGGCUGGCAGGACAUGUGGGUUUUUCGGUUCUUCCUGAACAUCCUGGGCUACUCCACCAUCAUCAUCCCCGGCUACUUUCUCAUUCGCCACUUCAAGAGGACCAACUACCUGGAGACAGGUAGGGGUGUUUGCUUCCCCGUCAUUAAAUCUUGUGUGUUCGGCAGCGACGCUAAGUCCACACUGCUGGACGAUCCGGCUCCGUCGGCCCGGACCGAGACGGACUCCUCGUCCUCGACCCAGCAGGCUUUGAAGCUGGUGUUCUGUGCUGUGGGACUUCAGGGUUCGUACCUGACGUGGGGCGUGCUGCAGGAGCGAGUGAUGACGCGCUCCUACGGAGCCACGGAGGAGGAGGGCAGCGGCGAGCGCUUCACCGACUCCCAGUUCCUGGUGUUCAUGAACCGCAUCCUGGCCCUGACGGUGGCCGGCGUCUGCUGCGCCGUCUUCAAGCAGCCCAGACACACGGCGCCCAUGUACAAGUACUCGUUCGCCUCCAUCUCCAACAUCCUGAGCAGCUGGUGCCAGUACGAGGCCCUGAAGUACAUCAGCUUCCCCACACAGGUGCUGGCCAAAGCCUCUAAAGUCAUCCCGGUCAUGCUGAUGGGCAAACUGGUGUCCCACAAGAGCUACGAGUACUGGGAGUACUUCACGGCCAUGCUGAUCUCGGUGGGCGUCAGCAUGUUCCUGCUGUCCAGCGCCGGCGCCAAGCACCCGUCCACCGUCACCACCUUCUCGGGCGUGGUCAUCCUGGCCGGGUACAUCACCUUCGACAGCUUCACGUCCAACUGGCAGGACGAGCUGUUCCGCCACAAGAUGUCGUCGGUGCAGAUGAUGUUCGGGGUGAACCUGUUCUCCUGCCUGCUGACCGUGGGCGCGCUGCUGGAGACGGGCGCGCUCUUCGACUCGCUGGCCUUCAUGAGCCGGCACGGCGAGUUCGCCGCCCACGCGGCGCUGCUGUCGCUCUGCUCGGCCUGCGGCCAGCUCUUCAUCUUCUACACCAUCGGCCAGUUCGGCGCCGCCGUCUUCACCAUCAUCAUGACGCUGCGCCAGGCCUUCGCCAUCCUGCUGUCCUGCCUGCUGUACGGCCACGCCAUCUCGGCCACGGGCGGCAUGGGCGUGGUGGUGGUGUUCCUGGCGCUGUUUCUGCGCGUCUACGCGCGCAACCGCAUGAAGAAGGGCAAGAAGGCGCCGCAGACGCCGCUGCAGAAGGUCUAGGCGGAGGACCGUGGGGGGAAAUAACCACGUUUUUGUGGUUCUGUGUGUGUGUGUGUGUGUGUGUGUGUGUGUGUGUGUGUGUGUUUUUACUCUUUGUAUAUAAACAGGUACAGAAAGGGAAGCUCUUUUUUUUUAAACUUGGGAUUUGGACUCAAACAGGAGGAAAUGUUACAUAGUGUGUGUGUGUGUGUGUGUGUGUUUCCUCUGGUUUUCGCUGAGCCAGCGUCUGGUCGCAGCGUCCCGGCGGUGUUCGGUGGGUGCGUAGGCCGUUUUAUUAUUCUUUUACUGAGGAAAGCGGGACGUUCCUCGCUCACGGUUACUUUUAACGUUUAUUUUAGUACAGUUUUAUAUUUACUCGCAGCCCUAAACGCCUCCGAACUCACUACAAAUCAUAAUUAUGGCCUUAAUUUAUUUAUUUCGCUCUUUAUUAUUAUUUAGGAGCCGCUUUCACGUUUAUUUCCGUACACGAGGGACGUUAACGAUAGAUCAGCUGUCGGUAAAUUACAAUUUGAGCUCACAAGUUCGAAUCUCAGCUCUGCUAUUGGCUCAUUCAAGGGUCAGAGGGUCAUAAAGGUUCCUCCUGCGACCUCUCCUGGCUGAUCGGGGGAUGACGAGGAUCGUGCGUGACUCUCCGUGCACGAUACAGAUCUCCAUAUGAGCAGAAGCGAUCGGUACAGCAUAGGUGUCGGUCAGGAGUGGAGGUCUGCAGCAGUACAGGGGAAUUGGGUACGACUAUACUGGGAUAAAUGCCGACGGCUACUCGCUCCACAUCUUCCAUUAACUGUUACCUUCAUGUUAGCGCUCACUACGUUUAGCUCUAGCUAUCAGCCGGACGGGUCCUACACGAACGUGAUUGGCUCAUUUAGGGGUCAGAGGGUCAUAAAGGUUCCUCCUGCGACCUCUGCUGGCUGAUCGGGGGAUGACGAGGAUCGUGCGUGACUCUCCGUGCACGAUACAGAUCUCCAUAUGAGCAGAGGCGAUUAAUACUGCGCACGACUCUGAGAGGAGGGGAAUCGGGUACGACUAUAUUGGGAUGAAACUGCACCGUGUGGGGCGCCCGUCGUCAAGGUGCGUUUGAUCUUCGCUCUUCUGAACAACCUGAGAUGGAUUAGUGCCCCGUUCUGGGGUAUUCCUGCCGCGCGUCACUGCUGCCACCCUGCCCGGGGUAAAGCGGUUGAGGUAUUUAUUUAUUUAGGAUUUUAACGUCAUGUUUUACACUUUGGUUCCAAUCAUGACAGGACGGUUGGUUACAGGCGGCUCCCAGCGUUUUUAUUUGUAUUUUAUUUCCACUCGUCUGUUGUCGUCUGUCUUCAUGACACUUUGUUUUGGGUUCUGUUCAGAUGAUCCUUCCCUGCUUUUGGCUUUUUUCUUUUUCUCUAUGACAAAUGUGAAGGUGCAUGUGGAGGUCCGGGGCGAGGAAAUGCAAACCGUUGUGUCCUGUUUGUACUUUUUCUUUUAAAAAAAAUAAAACGGUGCAUUAAUGACGUGAGGCAAAAUAAAAGAAUUUGAAUAUUU